GGCGUCGCGUGCUGAAAACGUAGACGGUUGCGCGGAGUGGACGGUGGUGUGACGUGGCGGGAGGCGGAAGCGAUGCUGCGGCAGGAGAGUAAUGAUGAUACGGAAGAUGUGUCACUCUUUGAUGCUGAUGAUGAAACGUCCAGGAGGCCCAAGAAAUCAAAGAUAAAACAUCCAAUAGCUUCCUUUUUCCAUUUGUUCUUCCGGGUCAGCGCAGUAUUUGUCUAUUUACUCUGUGAAUUAUUCAGCAACAGCUACAUUGCCUGUGUGGUGACAAUCAUCCUGCUUCUGUCAUGUGACUUCUGGGCAGUGAAGAAUAUCACAGGGAGGUUGAUGGUUGGCCUUCGUUGGUGGAACCAGGUUGACGAUGAUGGCAAGAGCCAGUGGGUGUUUGAAGCUAGGAAGGCAUCUACUCCAGGGAAAAAAGUCGCAUCAGAGGCAGAGUCCAGAAUCUUCUGGUUAGGACUGAUCACAUGCCCGUUGCUCUGGGUGAUCUUUGCUUUCAGCGCCCUCUUUUCCUUCAAAGUGAAGUGGUUGGCAGUGGUGAUCCUGGGUGUAACAUUACAAGGAGCUAAUCUUUAUGGCUAUAUCCGGUGCAAAGUGGGCAGCAGGAAGAAUCUGACCAGCCUGGCAACUUCCUAUCUAGGCAAACAGUUCCUGCGGCAGACUGUAGCCAAAGAAGAGCAAGCCGUAUCUUGAAGAUCACAGAGUCCUCUUUGUUUUGGUUCCUUCAGAAGAAUGAGAAAUAUUUCCUUGGCUGUGUGAACUGGAGAUUUAUAGUCUCUGUGUGGAUUUUUAUAAUUAAAUAAUCUUCUAGAAGCCCAGGUUGCUGGUGGUUCUGUGCAAAUCUUAUUUUAGAAGUUUAGCUACUGGAAUCUUUAGACCAGAUUGUUCCAGUUAGGCUAGUAAAACUCCUUGGUAGUGGCUAUUUAUGCCACGACACAAGGAAAGUUAAGGACAAGGAAACCGUUCCCUUUGGUAUUUAUGUGACAUUCUAUCCCAAAGUCCCAGUGCUGUGAAUGGGAUGAGAUGAAGAGAAGAAUUUGAAAAACUGGUAAGAAAAUUCAGCUAAAGGGCUAGAAAUGGAAAGAAGGCUUGGUAAGGCUUCAGCUGGAACAAAAGGACCCAAACUUACACAAUAGACUGUGUAAAGACUUCUGCUCUUCGGCUUGCAGCCCUGCUAUUUUCUAGUGUGAUUUUCCCUCUGCCAUACAUUUUUGAACUAUGACAUGGUUUAAACCUGUUCCCCCCCCUCCCCCCAACCCUCUCCCUUCAGGUUCUCCUCCCCCCCCUCCCCACUGGAAGGCUGAAUUGUAAUGAUGUAGCUGAAUAGUUUACCAGGAUUAUAUAAAGAUUGCUCUUGCAUUUUUAAUUUUUGCCUGAAGGGCCAGCAGAGCAAACAGGCAGAGGAAUUUAUCUGCACCUUCAUGAGGUUAUUUAAAAACUUGUUGGGAGCACUGGGAAUUUCAGCACAUUGGACCAUACACUGAGGCAGCCAUUUCCUGGGCUAUCAGUGAAAAGUAGAUAAUCGUGUUUACCGUAUCAUUUUCUGUAGCAAGUUAUAGACUAGUUAAGCAAACAAGCUAGUAAGUCCCUUAUGGAAGUGUGCUUUGUUCUUGACACUGAAGAGAGCUGACAAGUGUCAUGAUCUGUCUAUGUAAGUUUUGAUUUGUAUGGGUCACUCUGUGCAUAUGCCAUACUAUGCUUAGAAUGGGCAAACCAGGGUUCUAUCAGAUCUGGCCCCAAGAUGCUAUUGUAAAGCACAGAACCGUUUAAAAAAAUUAGUUCAAAUAGAGAAGUGUAGAGGCUGAUGAAUACAACUUUAAUCCUGAGAGUACCAUGUGAGGAAGUGGGUGCAUCAUGAACUGUUACCAAACUUAAUUUGUGUAUCCACAACUUACAAGUGUGUGAAUGGGAUUUAGGAGAACUAUAUUUAAUUACCAUGAAGAACAGGCGGCAAAGCAGCUCUGGUUAUAAAGGCGGGUUAAUAAACUGUUGCCUAAUGAUGGCUGAACUUUUAUGUAGAAAAGAAGAAUUUGUAGCUGGCAAGUCUCUGUAUGAGGGAUUGUUGAUCAUUUACAUUUAUGUUUGGAUACCUGGAUAACAGAAAGCUGGAGCUUUGCUUUUGGUGGGCACUUAAAGCAACGUAUUCAAAUUGUAAAAAUCUCUGACCUGCAUUGUGCAUGUUUGUGAAACCCCUCAAAUUAAUACGUUUUUCAGAGAACUAUAUUUUUUAAAAAAUUGUCUAACGGGACUUUUUUGAUUGGCCUGCUGGCUUUGUUUAUCUGCAAUUAUGGAAAAUGUCUUUUUUGUGCUGAUUUACAACUCCUGUUUUUAACCAGCUCUCCUGUAGUCCUUGUUCUUUGUAUGGUUGGUCUUUGCCAGCUUCCAUUCUUUGUAACAGAUUCUCCUCAAUUGUUACAUUAAAAAAAAUCAGGUUUCA